AUGACGGCUCCAAACAUUGAGAUGAUCGCCGCUCUGCUUCGGAGCUGCACGGUGGGGAGGGAACGAGGGAUUCCUUCGCCGGCGGCGGGUGUUGUCGCCGUGGAGCUGAACUCGGAGACGGCGCUGCCUUUCCACUGGGAGCAGUGUCUCGACAUGCAGACAGGGGAGGUCUACUACUUCAACCGGGAGACCGGAACCAGGACGAGCAAGGAUCCCCGAAUCGCCGCCACCCACACCUACUCGUCCAGCAACCUCUUGGACGAAGAAGACGUCUCCUCUUCCUCUGACAGCUUCUCCAGGGUCGGCAGCGGCAGCGGCAGCAGCCGAGACGACACUAACGAGGACAACGUCGACAGCACCGCCAACUCUUGCCUCACCUCCAUCUCCUCCGCCUCUUCCCCCGCGACCGCCGCCGAGACGCUAGUCUCCGCUGGCUGCCGAUCUUGCUUCAUGUACUUCAUGGUCCCUAAGAGCGACGACGCCUGCCCCAAGUGCGGCGGUCGCCUCUUCAAGCUCGGCCGCCACGGCAACGCCUGA